AUGGGCAGAGCAGAAUCAAACAUGGAACCCAGCGCCGCGAAGACAAAGUGCGCGCUGCUUUGGCACCGCCCUCACGGAGAGCGUGGAACCGCACGCGGGAGGGGCCCGCUUGGCGGAGGAUUGCCUCCCGCGAUUCUUGGGGCGGUUAUGAUCCAGCCAUUGCGCGGGGUUGGCCGGCAGGUGCGGGAUCCCUUACCUCCGCAAGGAAACAAGACUUAUGGAGGUCGAGGCGGUGUCAGCGGCAACAUGGGUCCGAAAUACGAGACGCUUCGUCCGCUGCCCAAGACCCUCAUUGGUGGGCCCCCCAACUCCUCUACGGAGCAGUGGCGCGCUGCAACACGGCUUCGCUGUCGGCGCUGGAGCGCCUGGAGAAGUUCCACACCCGCGCCGCCGGCGUCAUCGCUGGCGUUCCCGUCGGGGCCUCUCGGGCGGCUGCUGAAGAGGAGGCUCGCCUUCUCUCGCUGGAGGGCGCUGCGUCGAUGCGGGGUAUCCAGUGCUAUCUGCAGUAGUGCGUGCGCAGUGGCGAGUUACAGCGACACGCCGAGGCUCUUUUCCCGCCUCCAACCCGACACACUCGGCCCUCCGCCUGAUAGCGGGAAAGUUGCACAAGCGUGGGUGCCUUUGGCACGCACCAUUGCUGCGGAGCCCCUCGACGCCGCCAACGCGCGUCUACCUUGGCACUUCGCC